GUCUUAUAUAUCUUGAUUUCAUUUUUUAAGCCACGGUGAAUGUGUCAUCAGCUGUUCAAGUGUUCAAUAACUUGUAUUUAAAAUCGAGAACUGUUGACGGGCCACUGUGCGGUGUGUAUGAUCCACGGUCUGUAUCAUCACAAAUAAAGCGUGACCGCGUAAUUGGUUAGAAAUAACUUGGAAGUGAAACGCACAAUUCGCGUCAGCCCCAAAUUUAGAACUGUGCGGAUGUGUGCGGCACGAGUUUUUCCUGUAUGAGUUAAAACUCAUGCGGAAAUGUUCUCUGCAACUUGCGCUUUACGUGUGUGUUAACCUCAACGGUAAUGGGCAAAACUAAUUAUUUUGCCCAAUGAGUUAUCUGCGAACCGUCGAGUAAACUUUGCGUAAUCUGAAGCGUUUACCGAAUAUACGUCAAAAAUGGUUUUUGAAUCGGUCGUCGCCGAACUCCUCAACAAGGUGUUGGGCGACUACAUUGAAAAUCUUGACCAUAAACAGCUCAAGCUGAGCUUGUGGGGAGGGGAUGUAGUACUGAAAGAUUUAUUAAUCAAGGAAUCGGCUCUUGAUAAACUUGACCAACCCAUCAAGUUGGCCUACGGCAGGCUAGGAAAAUUAAUCCUGAAGAUCCCUUUCAAGGAUAUGUGGAAUGGCCAGGUGGAUGCCAUUAUCGAAGAACUUUAUUUGCUGGUUGUACCUGGUAGUCAAACGCAAUAUGAUGCAGAAAAGGAAGCAAAAACCACACUCGAAGCUAAGCAAGCUGAAAUUGCUAGAGUAGAACAAACAAAACGCGAGGCCGAAGUUAAAGGUCCAGAAAAAUUAGAUGAUUCGAUGGUCGAAAAGUUGGUGGCUCGGAUGAUAAAAAACAUUCAUGUAGAAAUAAAAAAGAUACAUGUCAGAUAUGAAGAUCAUAUGUCAUUCAAAGACGCUCCGUUUGCCGUUGGUUUUACUCUGAACAACUUUACUGUUGAAAGUUGUAACGAAUCAUGGACAACAAGUGGGAAUCUAAAAGAUAUGCAUGCCAUCGCACAAAUUUACAAAUUAUGCACUUUGGAUGGAUUAGGAGUUUAUCUGAAUCCAACAUCAGAGCAGAUUAGUAACCAGCUUCAAUACAGUGAACGAUACACCGAACUUUUUAUACAAGGAAUAGCUACAACGGAUCAUAAACCUUUAGGCUACCAAUAUCUUCUGGGACCAAUAAAUGCUAAGGUAAAAUUGAAGUUGAAUCCAAAGCCUGAAACGGAUGGAAGUAAUUAUACAAUUCCUAAAGUAUGGAUGGAUGCAGAAAUGCAAAAGUUGAAAAUAGGAUUAACAAAGCUUCAGUAUCAAACAAUAAUGCGAUUGGGCGAAGGCUUGGACAGGGCACAAAAAGCUGCCCCGUAUAGAAAAUAUAGACCAAAUCUAACAUCUUACCGGGGUCAUUAUAAAGAAUGGUGGAAAUUUGCAUAUACCUGCAUUUUGGAGGAAACAAUUCGUAGGAGCAAAAGAAAUUGGGAUUGGAGUCACAUGAAACAGCACAGGGAUACCUGUCGUAUCUAUGCAAAAGCUUAUCAUGCAAAGCUAACUAACAAAAAAAUUGCACAGAAUAUUAUCGAUCAGCUUACAGAAUGUGAGAAAACCUUGGACAUCUUCAAUUUGGUCAUCAUUAGACAGCAAAUUGAACUAGAGGUCGAACGACUAGCAGAGAAGGAAAAAAAUCUUAAGGCAAAAAGAGGCUGGUUUGGUUUUUUGUGGGGAAGCGGUCAAACAGAGGAGGAACAAGAUCUUACUUCAGCAGCCGCUAUUAUGCGUAAGUUCGAAGAAGCAAUGACACCGCAAGAGAAAGAAAAGUUGUAUCGAGCUAUAGACUAUCAAGAAAACUCUGGUUUAACUCAUUAUCCUGAAACAUACGAGGACAUUGACUGUCGUUUCUUUCUACAUGGACUCGAGGUUUUUGUACUUGAUACUGAAAAAGAAUUCCCUCAGGUAUUGGAUUUGCAGUUCAAUGGUGUUCAGGUUGGAUUCAAAUCACGGCCAUCUGGUAAUGGCAUGACGGCUACUGCUUCAAUCAACAAUUUGAAGCUGCUUGGUGUCAGGCAACAGGAAACAGUUCCUGUAUUAUUGUCAUCCGAAGAGGAAAAUUCUGACAGUAUGUUAUUUGCUGUUACUUACGAGAAAAAUCCAAUUGAUAAAUUGUGUGGAGAUCGCGUUAUAAUCAAGUCUACUUCCGUACAAGUUGUCUACGACGCACAUACCAUUAUCGAAUUAGUUAGUGUAUUCAAAGUACAGGAUAAUUCGACGUUGAGUCAAAUUCAAGCUGCAGCUGCUAUGCAACUAGAAGGUUUGAAAGAGAUGUCUGCAUUAGGUUUAGAAUAUGCUAUCGAGAAGCACUCUAUACUAGACAUUCAGGUUGAUUUACAAGCAUCUCAAUUGAUUGUACCGCACAAAGGUUUUUAUACAGGCAAUGAAUCGUUGUUUGUACUCAACUUGGGUAGUUUGAAAGUAAAUUCUCUAGCAAAACCAAGAGAUAGCGAAGCACCUGCUACUGUUAAGCAAUUAGUUGGCAUGGGAAAAUCCGAAGAAGAUAUUUUAGCACAACUCAGGACCUACAGUUAUGACAAGUUUAUUAUGAAAAUAGUGAAUUUUCAGGCACUCGUAUGUUUGCCAAAUGAGAAUUGGCGUGAAACUCUAUCUACUGGUGUUGUGGGUUGCAUGACCGUGUUGAAACCAACUACUUUGGAAAUUCAGCUUGACAAAUGUUUGAUUCUCGACGAUCCCUUACUGCCUAAAAUGAGAAUUCUAGGUCAGCUUCCAUCCGUAGCUCUCAACAUAUCUGAUUCAAGAUUGUUGGAAGCGAUUACAAUUGCACAUAGCAUUCCUCUACCGCAAAACGAAGAUGUCCCUGUACCGCAACCAUUGAGUACAAAAUCAGCCUCACAAUUAUCAUUGAAGAAAGAGUUAUCUGCAAUUCCUUCUAUGAUUGAGAAAAAACAGUCGAAGGUUGCUCUAAAACAAACAACUGAUUUGGAAGCCAAGUUUGUAAUGAAAGAAUUCGUUGUCACACUCAUGCAACAAGAAGGCUCUGCAGAUUCUGAGACACAACAGCCUUUCCUUAAAGUUGAAGUAUUGAAGUUGGAGGCAGAGAUGGUUCAGCGAUCGUUUGACCAAGAUGUAAAGCUAAGACUCGGGGGCAUACAAGUCACACAAUAUCAUGACAAGGGAGAGAUCUAUAUGAUAAACACUCCCAUGGCUAGUGGCAUUGAAGAAUAUCUUAUUAUCAUUCAAUAUGUAACUGUAAAUAAGCAUUCCCCAGAAUUCACCACAGUCCAUGGUUCUGUUCUCCAGUUAUUACAGAUGGACUUUACCAAGCUGGAUGUAUUGCUUCAUCAAGAAGCCAUCAUCAAUGUUCUUAAAUUUAUCUCAAAUGUUCAGGGCAGGAUAUCUGCAACUACUGAACAGACUAUUGAAACUGAAGCAGUUAUAUCAACACCAAAUCGGUUUGCGACAAUUCACGAAGAGGGGCCUCAUUUGAUAAAUGUGGGCAAACAAAAGAUUCUUAAGGCAACAACCCAACGUAAGAAGAGAAUAGUCGUUGAAUGCAUAGAUCUCAAGAUUCAAGCAAGAGUUGGAUUAAUAGGAAUAAAAAUGGCCAGCGAUGCUGUGGACAUCGGUACAUUCCUCAUAAAAAAUGUAGUUGCCGGUUACAUUGUAAAGACAUCUUACUCACAAGCAAAUGUCAAUAUUGGUUCAAUUCAAAUUGCUGAUCACAGUCCAACGUCUAUUUAUGAGAACAUCAUCUCGGUAACGUCAUCAGAGUCUUUGCAAGUUCAAGCUGUAAUUUACAAUGUUGAACCAUGGGAGGUUGAUAAAAAUAAUAUGUCCAUAAAAGUAGUUAUGGGCUGCCACAGAGUAGUGUUUCUCAAUUCAUUCGUAACCCGUGUCAUGAACUUUUUGAACCAUUUUCAAGCAGCUCAAGAAGCUAUUAAAGAGGCAUCUGCUGCUGCUGCCGAAGCGGCGAAAACAAAUAUUCAAGAUGUACAAGAAGGAGCAACCCGCAUUGAACUGGGCAUCAAAAUUAAGGCGCCAGUAGUUUAUAUACCGAUGAAUUCUAAAAGUGAACAUGCAUUAAUGCUCGAUAUGGGUAAUCUAACUGUGACCAAUACUUUAAAAAAGUUAGAAGUUAUUAGCGAAGAUGGCAACUCUCCUGUAGUUGAUGAAAUGAAAAUUGAUCUACAAGAUAUCAAGCUAUCAAGGGUCAAGUUAAAUAAAAACGAAUUUGUGGCUGAUAAUGAAGUUUUGUUGCUGCACCCUCUCAGCUUCACUUUCCUAAUUAAACGGAACCUAUCAACAGCAUGGUUCACUGCUAUCCCUGACAUUGACAUGUCUGGUAGAUUGAAAAAAAUUGAACUGUCAGUCAGUCAGGCCGAUUAUGGAACAAUAAUGAAAGUUUUGAACGAAAACUUGGGAGAAACGGUAGACAAUCCAGAACCUGAUAUUGCCCAAUCUUCUAAAGCCCCACCAGCAGUGGAAUGGAAUAGACAACAAUCAAUCAAGCCAGAUUUAGAAGUUACAAGGCAAAGUGUAGUGACAAAACCACAGGAGCAAAAACAAAUACACACUCUCGUGAAAUUCGAAUUCAUCAUGGACAGUCUAGUUAUUAAUUUGUUUAGUGGUGGAUCGAAAUUGCUCGCGUCUGAUACGUCUCCUUUGCAUCUGGCGGAAAAUGGGCUGGCCAAGUUUAGUUUGUCUCAUUUCGCUGUAAAGGGACGAAUGUUUGGUGAUGGUUUACUAGCAACGUCUGUUCUUUUGAUGAAUUGCACUUUGGAUGACACUAGACUAAACCGAGAAGGGUCUCUGACUAGAAUAAUGGAAAGGAUCGAUCAACCACUUCAAAGUGACGAAUCAAGUCCAGAAAAAGAAGCUAAACCCAUCAGAAGUAUGGUGGACAUGACUUUACGAAAAGGAAUAAAUGACACUUUUGUUGACGUUCGAGUUUUUUCGUUCAGUAUAAUAGUGUCGCUGGAUUAUCUAAUGAAAGUCAAAGAUUUCUUUAAUGUUGAACAACCACCGCCAGCCCAAAUUCCCCCAACCGUUGUACAAAAGGGCGUCAAUGAAGUAAACAGCAAAAAAAAUAAAUCAUCUAUAAAUGUCCAACCGAUUGCUGCGAUGUUUACAUUAAAUCUCCACAUUGAGAAACCGGAUAUAAUUCUCCUUGAAGACAUGGACAAUAUUGACUCUAACUGCAUCAUACUGAAUACUGAGGUGUUUUUGAAGUUGCGAAUGGUCGGUGAUCAUCAAACUAUUUCAGGCUCGAUCAAAGACAUGUCAAUUCUUACUGGAAUCUACAAUCCGCCACGAAGAUCAGACUCCAUAUAUCAGGUAUUAAGACCCUGCAGCAUUAGUUUGGCAGGUUCUACACCGGAAGGAAAGGGUUUGCACGUCGACAUUUGCUGUACGGACAUACACGUCUCAGUUUCUCCUGGUGUUAUUGAGAUAUUAAAUAAAGUCGUUCAGACAGUGACAAAAACGCAAGACGACAAUGAAGAUUUGGUAAAGUCAGAACCAAAUUACAGCGGAGUUUGGACAAUCACUCCUUUCAGAGAGAAUGAUUAUUGGUUCCUCAAAGCAGAAACGGGGGUUGAAGCAUUUGAAGAUUUGGCUGCCAAUGAAGGUUCAGAAACAGAUUGCGGUUAUAAACAUGAACUUGCCGUUGUUAGCGCACCUACUAUUCUUCUAACUCUGGAGGCUGGAGUCGGAAACAAGACUCUACCUAUGUUACUAUUCUAUCUCGGCUUCCAAAGUAAUGUCAACGAUUGGAGCACUAGGACUAUGAGUAUAGAAUGCACUAUGACUUUGGCUGUGGCGUACUACAAUAGUUGUUUAGCUUUAUGGGAGCCCCUGAUUGAACCCAUGGAAUCAAGAAAACAUGGAAAGCGCUUUUCAUCGCCGUGGGAGCUGAACACCAAGAUUCAAUUCCACGACCUUACGAUAGACUCACCGCCUGCAAGUCUUGCAAGCCCAAGUUCUGAGGCUGACCCAGAAGUAUCUCAGCAAUCAGCUAAAAUGUCUAUAGAUGUUUCGUCGACGGAAAAUUUAGAAUUAACCGUCACCAAGACGUGUCUUGAUGUCCUGAAACAACUCGGCAAUGCAUUCUCAAAUGCUAUUGAACCGGGCAAAAUGCAGGUAGUCAAAAUGGCUCCGUACCUAUUGAAGAAUGAGACUGGCCUAUCAAUGACUCUGCAUUUGGAACAUGGUUACUUUAAGGUUAUCGAUGAUCCGUUAGCAGCAACUAAUUCUAGUACUGGAUCUUACAUGGAAGUAGUCCUCGAGUCUGGAGCCUCUGUGGAAUUGGCUCCUACAGUUGUAAAAUCGGCAAAGACACAUAUUCUUGAUGACCUUAAAGCUGAAUCUGUGAAAAUCCAAAGUGACAACACCUUUGUUGUAUCGUUUAAAGGGAUCGAAAACAAACUAGAGGUACCAGUAUUAAGGGCGGAUAAGAGGUACUUCUCAUUGAAGCAUCGUGGCGAUGGAGCCGAUGAGUGGGGAAUAAUAUCUGAUGUAGUAGUAGAGGGUGGAAGCACCAUUAUUACUCUUAGAAGUGUACUUCAGGUACACAAUCACUUCAGUGAGCCGAUAUCGGUUUAUUACAUGACAAAAAGGGGAAACGAAGUUGAAUGCGUUGGUACCGUAGAACCUGAUCAAUGUCUCAACCUUCCAAUAGAUGCUGUCUACACACCAACCAAUGAGUUAUUCUUCAGCGUUGAAGGAUACACAGUAUCAAUAAUUCCAUUUAUCUGGAAAGAUUUGCAAAAAACAGUUUCCAUGACAAAGCUUUUGCAAUGUGAGCCCCGAUCCCGCCAAGAGUACGUGGAACCAUUUUACAUAAAGAUGUUUUUCAUGAUGAUCAUGGUCGGUAGUAUCCUCUAUAAUAACAACACUCUUGGUUUAUUACUAGACGUCAUCGACUGGCACAACAUAUUAAAUCGUUCUAUAUCUUAUGUCGAGCAUAGAUGUUCAAGUCUAAAUAAAUCAGAAGUACCCAAGUAUCUGGAAGGACCUAUCCAGGCAGUUGGAGAAAUUGAACAAGUUUACUUGGAGAAUACAAGUCGACAUACUAUGUCGAGUACUUCUUAUAACAUACACUUAUACCCCUCGGUGUAUCUAAAAAAUUUCCUGCCAAUAGACAUUGUCAUUUCUUUGCCCGGUAUUAUGGAUGAAAAGCUUGUGGAGGCCAGCAAAAUUUUACAGAUACCUACAAUUGAGCCUGGACGGUCUAGUAUCGUUAUCAAGUUACCGCAGUACUUAGAAAAAGAUUGGUCAUGCAGAGUUGAAAUUCAAGCGAAUCCACCAGAGUUCUCGGUCUGCUCAUUUGAAUCAUACGACAGUCCGCAAAAGGUUGUUAUGGACUUGGGCAUACAUACGUCUUUUAAACACGGCUCUUUAAUCAUGGCAUUGUACUGUCCAUUCUGGAUGUUGAAUAAGACAGGAUUAAUGUUGUAUUACAGGAAAUCGAGUAAGUCCGCAGGCAAAGAUCAUUCAAGUCCCACCAAGAAAUGGAUUUCCAGUUUAAAACCUCAUCCACGCCGUGGUGAAUAUGGCAAGAGAAAAGGCAAAUCGAGUUCAGAGGACAACUUGAAUGUUCUCUACCACCCGGAAACUUACAAGGGGAUUAUUUUGUUUUCGUUUAGUAAAAAAGCAUUCUUUGGAAAAAAGAAAGCAAUGAUCAGAGUUGAAGAGGGAGAAUGGUCAGACAAAUUUUCUAUUGAUGUUGCUGGAAGCAAGGGUGUCGUCUCUUGCAAAUACAAAGGCGUCGUUUAUCAGAUUGGCGUUCAUAACCAGCUGACUUACAACUCAUUAACGAAACAAAUUACGUUUACUCCAUAUUAUGUUUUGAUAAAUAACUCCGAUUUCUUUAUUGAAUGCCAAGAAAGCGAGAGACCCGCUGACCCUUUGUUUAAGAUACCUCCUGGUGAAUGUACUGCUUUUUGGCCUCGUUCUGAACACGAAGUGAAAACGUUAAAAGCAAAAGUAGUGGGUCAUCCAGAGACAACAGCAGCCUUCAUCUACACCGACGUUCACACAACAUUAUUAAAACUUGAAAAUAAGUAUGGUGGAAUAAAUGUUGACGUGCAGAUCAAUGAGGGCGGAAUAUAUAUUUCUAUGUCUGGAUACACUCCUGGAAAUGCUCCCGCUCUUAUCAUCAAUCAUACUUCGCAUACUAUCAAUCUUUGGGAAAAAGGAUCCAUGAAUGUCAGAUCAAUUCAAUCGUAUAACCGGAUGUUUUAUACGUGGGAAAACCCUGCUGGAUCAAGAACGUUAGUUUGGGAAGAUGGAAAUAAAAAAGAAAUUGAAAAUGAUCUCCGGCAGGAUAAGCUAGGUCCGUUUACUUUGCCAGAGGUAGAGCAAGAGGUAUUUUACGUUUCGUUUCUUGAUGGCAUUCAACGUGUACUGUUGUUUACUGCUAAUUUAAAAAUUGCCGAAGACUGUGAACUGGCUGGAGCUUUGGAAGCUAAUGAUCAAGAAAUCACACUAAAUAUUCAUGGUGUGGGACUAUCUUUAGUGAACAAUAUAAGUAGAACCGAACUUCUAUACAUGUGUAUUGCCAGCUCUGGUGUUAUUUGGGAAACACGCAAAUCUCUUGGCAGUCAAUGGCGUGCGUUGAGUACAAAAGAUGUAAUUGCUAUCGAAGAUGGAUACCAAAAUUAUCUUCGUGAACUUCAAAUUGGCAGAGAUCCGCCUUAUCGAGUUAUGCUGGAGCCUAAAUUAGAGGUUGAUUACUUGAACAUGCAGAUGAUGAAACCACAUCGCCGAUAUAUCCAUCGCACUUUCCAAACAGGAUUAUGGAUGCAAUAUCGCUCGUCCGUACAUCAAGUACAGUUGCAUGCCAAAAUAAAUCGUCUUCAGAUUGAUAAUCAAUUAUCUGAUUGCGUCUUCCCAGUGAUCUUAGCUCCAGUUCCACCUCCAAAGAGUGUUGUUCACAGUUCGGUGAUGAAACCGUUUGCUGAACUAAGCAUUCUCAAACGUCUACUGGAACACAGUACGGUGCAACAAUUCAAAUAUUUCAAAGUACUCAUUCAAGAAUUCCACAUCAAGGUCGACAUCGGAUUCAUUGGUGCAAUUACGGACUUAUUCAAAGAUGAUGAGGCCAGUGAUGCAGAAGAGAGUGGACUGUUCCAACAAGACAUGAAGCUAGUCACGGAACCUCUGAUGUAUCAUGUCAGUCAAAUAACUACAGCUGAACAAAAGAACUUUUUUGAUCUCUUGCAUUUCUCUCCACUUAAGAUUCAUAUAAGUUUUUCAAUGACUGGAAGUAGCACACAAUUACCACAAGUAUUAAAUGUAUUAUUACAAGGAAUCGGUGUUACUUUGACCGAUAUAAACGACAUUGUUUUCAAAUUAGCAUAUUUUGAAAGACAAUUCACCUUUAUGACUCACAAUCAAUUGACAGCAGAGGCAACAAAUCAUUAUGUAGGACAAGCGAUCAAGCAGGCUUAUGUUCUUGUCUUGGGCUUAGACGUUAUUGGAAACCCGUAUGGUUUGGUGGUUGGUACCAUGAAAGGAAUUGAAGAUUUGUUCUAUGAACCUUUCCAAGGUGCUAUUCAAGGGCCUGGUGAAUUUGCUGAAGGUUUAAUGCUCGGAGUCAGAAGUAUGUUUGGACAUACCGUUGGCGGCAUGGCAGGAGCUGUAUCAAAAAUUACUGGAGCCAUGGGCAAAGGUAUUGCUGCCCUUACCUUCGACAAAGACUAUCAACGUAAGAGGCAAGAACAAUUAAAUAAACAGCCAGCUAACUUGCAGGAAGGUCUUGCACGAAGUGGCAAAGGUUUGGUCAUGGGAGUAUUCGAUGGUGUAACGGGUGUUGUCAUGAAACCAAUAUCAGGUGCAAAAGAAGAAGGCGUAGAAGGAUUCUUUAAAGGAUUUGGAAAAGGUGUCGUUGGAUUAGUUACACGACCGACGGCCGGUGUCAUAGAUUUUGCAAGUGGUUCAUUUGGUGCUGUUAAGCGGGCUACAGAAAUGGGUGAAGAAGUGAAAAGAGUAAGGCCACCAAGGUUCCUACAACUGGAUAGUCUUGUUAGACCAUAUAUUCGACACGAAGCGGACGGCAACAAAAUUCUUCUCGAAUUGGAGAAAGGGAAAUAUGCCAACACCGACAUUUAUGUGUAUCAUGUCAACGUUAACAAGGAUGUAGUUUUGCUCACUGACAAACGCAUAGCCUUCCUUGUACACAACGAUUUGUUUGGCGGCUGGCAGGUUGAGUGGUCUUACACAUGGCCAGAAGUUGGUAAUACACCGAAGGUAGUCGAAAGAGGAGUGGAAGUUCCAGUUAAAGAGUCUCAUAAGAAGAAGAAACUUGGAAACUUCUUCAGUGGCACUGAUCACGGAAAAAUCAUAUUAGUUUCAGACCCCGAAACAAGACAGGUUUUAUGCAGCAAAAUUGAAGAGCAAGUCAAACUAGUUUCACCAUAAAUUGAAACUUACUGGAGAUGUAUUUUACGGCAGAUUUUAUCCUAUCUAGUUGAAGAUGCGGAAGUAACUAUUAUAAGACAAGCAGAGCAUCGGUUCUCUUUAUACCUUUAUAUAAGCUAAAGUUUUCUCUAAUACAGCUUUCAAACAAUUUCAAAUCAUUUUCUAUUAAUUCACUUCAAGACUGACAUCUUAUAUAUACACCAGUACGAAACCCAGUCCAGUAUGACAAAGAAAUGCAUUGAAAGU